AUGUUUGUUGUGAUUGAUGAGGAGAGUUUUCAGACUUUACAAAACGCUCCGCUUCCAGAGGACUUACUACAAAGAUUGGAGGAUGGGCAGCGUUAUUAUGUGAAAGUCGUUGAAGCAUUGGAGGAUGACGCCGAGCCGCCCUUGAAGUGCUCCCUACGUUCGAUGUUCAUCGUGUGGCUGGAUAUGCAGGAAGGGGCUUACCUAGAGGAAAGCUGUUCGCUGAGACCCUACGGCACAGAUGUUUUUUGA